AUGCCGCCGAUAACGAUAGCUCAGGCAGCGGACAUCAUCUUGAAACAUCCACGGCCACCUCGAGCAGUCAGCAAGCUGCUUGUGCCUUCUGCGUUCUGCAUGCCUCCCCCAGACUCGAACACCGUUCCGACCGAACCUGAAAGCGUCCCUGAUCCGUCGGCAGCCGGGAAAGCCACUGAACAUGACGCCACCAUGAGCCAACCUACUCUGGCAAAGCAGCCUGGCCCCACGGCGCCUGGCGAGGCCGAAGCGUCGUCAGGCAGCAUAGAUGUGUCCCUGAUACCCCUUACCGAAGCACCGAGUGCAGCCGACAAGCAUAAUGACACAUCCGAAUCGAAGGGUCCGGACUCGACGGCCACCGAGAACCAGGUACACCAGUCCGAGUCGGACUGCGUGCUCGAGACCGGCCAUGCCCCAGCAAGCUACAAGGAAAGCGCACCUGAGCCUCCAGCUAAAGACGAAGCCUUGGUGAAAGGCAAGGAGCCAGCAGUAGAAGGUCAAUCUACAAAUGACCAAAUGGAGGACUCCGUCUCGACACUCAAGCCUAGGAAGCCCCAGUACCUGACAAUAGAAACGCCUCCGUAUGUUGAUCCUACGCCACCAACGCCUUCCGGCUCGCAACCGCCAUCGAGAGCGAGCUCGUCUAGGUCUAAAGGACAUGGUCCAGAACCAUCGCCCACGCGGUCCGAUGUGGCCUAUGACGAGCGAAGGUACGCAAGUGAGGACGACCAAGAAGGCAACUCACGGUCAGAGAUACAGAGCAUCAUGGAGCAGUUCCCGGAAGAGGGUGGAGGCCCAGAUGUGGAAGAAGUCAUGAGUCCAAGGCUGGAGAUUGCUUCACCUUUUCUGAGCAACCCUUCGCCUCAACACCCUCCCAGGAAGUCGAGCCUCGAGCCUCUCGCGCCCAGUAUUGCGCAGCAGAUCCAAGAAAUGCAGGGUUUGAGUCUCUCCACAUCCUCGCCCACAAGCGCAAGAUCAAAACCAUGGGAGAAAGAGGCAGAUGAUCAAGGGCCACCCGUUCCCCCGAAGGAUGGGCCUUCAGACGAGAGGGCGCCCGCCGAACCCCAGGUUUCUCCCACAGCUACAAUACACAGACCUCCUCCCCCUGACCCAGAGCCGGAGCCGACUCUGCCUUUCGACUUCCACCGUUUUCUUGAGCAACUUAAGAACAAGAAAGCCGACCCAGUCGCAAGGUACCUCAAAUCUUUCCUCCAAGAGUUUGCGAAGCGACAAUGGAUGGUGCAUGAGCAGGUGAAGAUCAUUAGCGAUUUUCUUGCCUUCAUCGCCAACAAGAUGGCGCAGUGCGAGGUGUGGAGAGAGGUGUCAGAUGCUGAGUUUGAUAACGCACGGGAAGGCAUGGAAAAACUCGUCAUGAACCGUCUAUAUACCCAAACCUUUUCGCCCGCCAUCCCACCACCUCAGCCGAUUCCGGGCGCGAAACCAAGGAAGCGAGGCGACGAUCGACCUCUGGGGCCGGGCCGACGUGGUCAGCAUCAGGAAGACGUCGAGCGUGACGAGAUUCUCGCGCAGAAGAUCAACAUUUACGGUUGGCCCAGCAAGGUUCGCGCACUUUACGUGGAGAUAUUCGACCGCGUGCUAAUCAAUGUAGAGCUUCUAAAAAUCCGAUCAUACCGAGCACCCAGAGACAAAAUCAUUUGCGUCUUGAACUGCUGCAAGGUUAUCUUUGGUCUUCUGAAGAAUGCCAAGUCCGAUACGUCAGCGGACUCUUUCAUGCCACUGCUCAUCUAUGUCGUGCUGCAAAGUAACCCUGACCACCUGGUGUCUAACGUGCAGUAUAUCCUUCGCUUCAGAAACCAAGAAAAGCUCGGCGGCGAAGCUGGAUACUACCUUUCGUCCUUGAUGGGAGCCAUACAAUUCAUCGAGAAUAUGGACCGCACAACACUAACCAUUACGGAUGAAGAGUUCGAAAAGAACGUGGAAACAGCCGUGUCUGCGAUUGCAGAGAAGCACCGCACAUCGAUGGAGGCGUCUCCUGUACAGGAUCAUUAUUCGGAGAAGACUGGCUUGCACCAACCUGGAAAAUCGCCGUCUACGCGCCCCUCCCUAGACAUAGAUCCAGCAGGGACGCCACGCCGUUCCCUGUCAUCUGACCAAGGCGACGAUGGCGCCGCAAUCUCUGGCCUUCUGCGCACUAUCCAGAAGCCUCUUUCGACCAUUGGGCGCAUGUUCUCGGACGAUCCCAGUGGCGCUGGCCCAAGCGAGCCUGCGCGAACCCCACAGCAUGAUAAUACCCCCCGGCUGUCGCCCCGUCCCAGCACCGACGGCAGACCGUUGAGGGAAGAGAGACAGCAGCUGUCGGCCGAAGAAGCAGCUGCUAGACAAGCCAGCGCGGAAGUGGCCGAGGCCCAACGACUCUCCAGAGCCGAACACAAUAAUGUCGUCGAGACACUAGCUGGCAUGUUCCCCGACCUGGACAGGGACAUUAUUAGUGAUGUUGUCUACCAGAAGGAGGGAAGGGUUGGUCUCGCUGUAGACGCGUGCUUGGCACUGAGUUCCUAG